AUGCGUUAUUUGUCAGUGCCAGCUCUCAGGCAUUUCUUAAACGACUAUUACCGCGUGGGCUUCCCGGCCCUGGAUAAUCAGCUAGAAAUCAUGUGGAUAUCCACUGGCUGUGCUCAACAACUUGACUCAAAAUCCUUCGAAGAUCCAAGCUAUGACCGCAAGCAUAUGCUUGCUGAGAUCACAGGCGAGGGAGACCUUUUACCCCGAAAUCGUGUGAGGCUGCAUGACAUCUUGUGGUGGACAGAAACCGGACAAGAUAGUAAGGGGAAAAAAGUCACCAAGCAUAAUGCGUUCUACCUCUCUCUACUAGCAAAACUUGGGAGUGAUAGGGUGCUUCAUGACUGCUGGGCUCAAUUUGUGACAGGCCUCACGUCUGGCCGCCGUUUCAGUGGGGGUCACGGUAUCGCCUACAAAGUGGUGCUAGUACUAAUCCAAAGUGGGCGCUCCGAGACAGCAGCGAAGUUCCUCGAAGAUGUAUCUCAGGUUUCCGGUGACAACCUUCCGGGGAUUGCAAGGGUUUCAGCUCUUUGGGCUUUCCUUGACGAUCCUAUUGUGGGUGAUGCAUUGCCUGAUUUGGUUAGAGGAGAGGACUACCUUGAAUUGCUAGAGGUUUGCCUCGAGGGCAUGGACCGAAGGAUGGGUAUACAGUGGGACCCUGAAAGUCAAAGUCACUUCAGCACGUCCUCAGAACCCUCAGACACUAUAUGGGAGGCAUUUGACGAGCAAGCACUACCCAUUAUUGAUCGACAACGCAUUGCCUCCGGUCACAGCAGCCAACUAUAUGCAGAACUUCAAGUCAAUGGCUGUUCCAAGUCACCAGCUGCAUUGGGGAGAAUCGUGGAAUUGUUACAUGAUCACGACGGGCAGUCCCAGGAGAUUGUCACUCAUCUCGAUUACGACGAACUUCGACUUGAGGAAUUUCACGCCAAAUUCGAAUCUCUUGAACUUCGAUGGAUUCCAGAGUACUCACCGAUAGAAUUCUCCAACUCACGACUACCGGCGGUACAUGACUCGUUGGUACCGUGGACUCCAUCUACCCUCGGACUCAUUCGGGCUCGCUUGAUCGUCGACGGAGUGCCUCAGAUGGGGAUCAAUGCCUUACAUUUGAUGCAGCUCGGCUGCAUGGACAUGCGGUAUGGUCCGGAUCAGCCAUGGCAGCCAUCCGGAUACACCGUGGUUUGGGAUCGUCACUACAAUGAACUCCUGGCCCUGUAUGUCGGGAACGGGAACGGGGUCAUUGAUUGUGGUCCAGCGCCUUCAAACGGCCCCUUUGGGGCCUUGAUGCAUAUCAAGCUCCCAACCGAUCCCCACCGAACAUUGUAUUCUCCAUUUGGUACUUCCACACAGGCUCGAAAUUGCUAUGGGCCUUACUACCUGGAUGUAGAUCCAAGUCCAGACUUGGUGUAUUAG